ACAACUCAAUUGAUAAGUGUCUUUGGCGAAAUGUCGCCGAGAAUAUAAAAGGGGUAAGAACAGACUGCAGAGAAAUUGAUUUUGUACUUUUUUUCUCACGCAAUCACAACCAGUUCAAUUGGCAUAAAAUAAACUCAUCUACAACAACAUGCUCGCUCUACGAAAUUUCAAAAACGGUGCCACCAUCAGAGCUCUGAUGGAAAGAUCACUUUCUCAAUUGAAGACCGGCUCUUCAUCAGUGAGAGAAUUGUCCGUACUCGUUGAUGUUGCAGAUAAUGAUACAACCCAGCAAAUGUUCACCGUUGGCGGGAAGAAUGGAUUUCUUCCGAGGCAAGAACCAUUAGCCGAAUUGCCGAAACAAUAUAGCGCCCUCGAAUCUCUUUUACAACGAAUGCCUAUGCAACUUAAUGAUGGGACGCCUGGGCUAUUGGCUAGUGGCCAGUUUGGCGAUGCUGUGAGAGAAGAACUGCCAGUCUACGAUGUGGAUUCACUGACUGAUCAACGGCUUUUGUCCGCUCUAUUCCGUGAUUAUACGUUCGCUGCGUCUGCCUACUUGCUAGAGCCUUGCGACAUUCUCUAUCGUUCCCAAGCUGAUUACGGCUUGGGACGAAGAGUCUUACCGAAAAAUAUUGCUGUUCCACUCGUUAAAGUUUCCAACAAAAUUAACAGCAAACCGUUCAUGGAAUAUGCCCUCAGUUACGCCUUGUACAACUACAAAAAAGUUAGCCCAACUCAAGGUUUGAACUACGACAAUCUUGCAUUAGUUCGUGCGUUUGCUGGUAGCGAAUCAGAAAAAGGGUUUGUGUUGAACCAUGUCACGAUGGUUUCAUAUUCACCCCAUCUCGUUCGCUUCGCUGUCGGUACUUUGGCUGCAGCAGAGGCUAAUGACAGAGCGAAAUUUGAUUCCCAAAUGUCUGGCCUGUUUGAAACAUAUGAGUCGAUCAAUAGAGAAAUGGAAAUGAUGUGGUCUCGAUCCGUACCUGAAGAUUACGUAAAAUUUAGAACCUUUAUCAUGGGCACCAAGAAUCAGACAAUGUUCCCGGAUGGUGUCAUUUAUGAAGGGGUAAGUGAUGAGCCAGUGACAUACCGUGGAGAAUCGGGCGCUAACGAUAGCAUGAUACCAUUGGGUGAUAAUCUGCUGCAAAUUUCUGAACUCAUGCCAGAGAAUCCGUUGACCGAUGUACUACGAGAUUUUAGAUCGUACCGACCAACCAAUCAUCGCGAAUUUCUGGAAUUCGUUCAGGCUAAGGCCAUGCAAGUGGGCGUUAAGCAAUAUGCCAUGAAAGACGCCAACUCUGCGGCUAUUUAUUUGUCGAACAUUGAUCAAAUUCGAGCCUUCCGGCACCGUCAUUGGAAUUUCACCAAAGAGUACAUAAUCAAGCAUACUAGCCACCCUGUAGCUACCGGAGGUAGUCCAAUCGUCACUUGGUUACCCAACCAGUUGAACGCUGUGCUUGAUUUGAUAAACGAAGUCAGUGACAAAAUCAACAGAAAUGAAUUGAGUGAAUCCAAUUUGUUGCGUGUUGAAGAGAUCACUAAACGAGCUCAUGCUCAGAAACGGUUCCUUGACAGAGAAGUAGCUAACUUCAGCACUAAGUUCAAGAACCAAGACCGCACUGAAUAAGCUGAUAUUUUCUGAAAAUUCUUUUGUUUUUUUUUUAAUAAUCUUAGGGGUGGGGUACUCAUAUUUACUAAUUUUUUUUUGUUUUCAUUAUUUUUAUAGUUCAGUUCUGAAAUUUUCUACGCAAUAACGUGACGACUACUCGUUUCAAAUUUAACUACCUGAAUUGAAUAGUUUUGUAAUUGCAUCCUGCUGAUUUUAGUAGUUUUUAGUAGACGAAAAAUGGUCUCCAUUUUAUUACUGAUAAUGUAAGGAAAUAUUACAGCAUUUUAUUUCUAUUUACGUAUGAUAUGCAUACAUUCACUGAAUAGCAACUGCGAGACUGAAUAAAAAGAAAAUUUACUAUCGUUUGUCAAUCUAUACAUUUAUGAUGGUAACACAUUACAAAUAAUUUAAUAAAUAAAUUGCACUGAAUAACGUAAAAAA